CCCUGCUCACGUGACCCUACUUAAGACAAGCGCUCAAAACCCAGGCUCUACCACAGUUCAGUGUCCAGUUGUUCAGAUAGCUUGUGACAGCAAGUCCAGAGUUUCUGACCAUCUGAUAGAACACCAGUCAUGGCUUCAUCUAUUCUCUUUGUUAUCUCCGUUGUGCUGCUGGGUCGAGCAUUUGGUCAAUCGUUCGAGUACAAUUAUGCAGAUCCAGACUAUGACCAAUUUAGACCUACUGCCGAGAGAGACCCACCACAAGUGAGACCACUAGUAGAAAGACCACCACAACCAGAGCGAGACCAAACAAUUGAAGGCUGCCUGAACAAGAAAAUGGACAUUUACUUUGUCCUCGACUCCUCCACCUCAAUUUAUGUCUUGGACUACAGACGACAGCUUCAAUUUGCUCGUGACGUGGUAGCCAGACUGGAUAUCAACCCAAGCUCAACCAGGGUUGGACUUUUGACCUUCAGUGACCAAGUGAAUGAAAGACCAAUUGAGUUGAACCGAUACACAAACAAGGGUGAUCUGCUGCUCAACAUUAAAGAAGACAUCUUACCUUACAGAACUGGUAUCACAAACACUGACCUGGCCAUUCGAUAUGUCCGAGAAAAUAGAGACUUCAGACAGGAUAUCACGAAGGUCAUUGUGGUCAUUACAGACGGUGGGUCAAGGAGCCCUGGACAGACAGCCAGGGAGGCUGAGCUGGCCCGCGAGCAAGGCUUCUACCUCUUUGUCAUUGGCGUGGGUCAAUACCAGGAGCCCGCCGAGUGGCAAUCUAUCGCCAGUGACCCCGACAGCAACUUCAUCUACAACUUGACCAACUUCUUGAAUCUUGAAGUGGUCAAGGCAACACUGCCCAGUAGGGCCUGCUCAUUGCCUCCUCUUUUGGUCGGAAACUGCCGAGUGUCAAACUUAAAUUAUGGAAGCAUUUUUUACGUGGCCACUGGUCGAGUCUUGGACAACGCCUACCAACUCAGCAACAACUUUGUGGCGCGAACCAGCGGCGACAGCAGCAAUAUCCAUGUCAGCUACAUUCUGGACAACUGCGACACACCAACUGCAGAGAAUGCUUUCUUCGCUUCACCCGAGCAAUAUUGCUCUAGAUACUCAGCAGGAAGCAAUUCGCCAUUGUCGGAGCUGCUAACUCGUGCUGAAAGCGCCACCAUCACCAACCGUCAGGACUUUGGGGAUAACAAUCAAGUAGUCGUUCUAUUUUUAGAUGACGACAGCUUGCGAUUCAACAGUGAUCAAAUCAGAAGUAAGCUGCAAAGUUUUGAAGCUCAAGGCGUUGAGAUUAUCGUCGUGGACAUCAGUCGAAGGGGAGUCGGCACAGCCCUUCAAAAUCUGAUCCUCAGGAGGGAGAACUACAUCCGAUUCAGUGGCAGCAUCACAGGCCAGGACCAGCUCCACAGAUCUCUGAUUGAACGCACCUGUACAGCUCUCACUAGACCAAUUGAAGAGGGAACGCCUGAGGAAGUUUAAACACAUUGGACCUUAGAAUAUCAGCAUGAAACAUUUUGUUUCAUUUGUUUAUAACUUUUUAAAUGAACAAUUAUUUCAUUUUUUGUUUUUGUUUUUACAAUAUUAACUUGAAGUGAAGGAGGAGAUACUUGACAAACUAACAAGUUUUGUAUUGUAGUAGUACAUUUUAUUCACGCCUGUAGUCACCAAUGAUAAGAAAAAUAAAAGUCAAUAAAAUAUA